AUGUCACCAAAUAUCGGCCUUCUCGCAACCACCACCACCCUUCAUUUAUGCUGCAAUAGCCUGACUGAGAUACCCCUCGAGAUUGGUUACCUUCGAAAUUUGACGCAUUUACAUAUUUCCAACAACAAGUUGACGACAUUGCCAGAUACACUUGGAUACCUCACUAAGCUCGUAGAGUUACAUGCAUCUGACAACAGGAUUACCACCUUACCCUCGUCGAUCGCCUCCUUGAAGAAACUUACUGUACUCGAUUUGAAACGCAACGAGAUUUCGGCGCUGCCGUCAGAGAUGGGAGAGCUGAAGUCUCUUGUCACUUUGGAGCUGGCGGACAAUCCUAUCAACCAGCUUCCGGCAGAAAUCACGCGGUUAAAAUUCUUGCGCAAGAUUGGAUUGGACAACUGUCCUUUGGAUCUGGAUGUCCUUGAAGACCACGCCGACGAGCUUGCAACCCCCCCAACCCUCAGAGAGCUCGCCGCACGAGUCAUCGUCCGUCAGCAGCUUCCCAUCCUCGAGAUCACUCACGAUCACCUGAAGCACUACCUCGCGUCGGCGCAGUCUUGCACCUCCUGUGCAGGUCCUUAUUUUGAAUCAACGAUCAUCCGACGCCGGGUAGUGACGCGGAACGAAGUGCAAAUCCCUCUGGAGUACAAGCUGUGCACGCGGCACUGGGAGUCUGAUCAUGGGAGGGUGGCAGCGAUGUUUUGUCCGCCACCAGAAACUGCGCCAACACCCCCGACUUCACUACCGUCCUCUCCGUUCUCAUCCCCUCCGGGCUCACCGCUGUUGGAGCGGAGAAGGAAGUCCUCAAUGCGAGCAGGGUCGUUGUCGUCGUCGACAUUGCCGCUGAGUUCGCUCGCGAAAACCCCUAUCCUUCCUUCUCUGCCACCGGAAGCAUCAGCGGUCGAAGCGAGAGGAUUGAAGACAACCCUACUUCUGAAACGAGGCGCCCUCAGGUCAAGCCGAUCUCUGAGCUUCAUCUCUCUCCCCGCCGGCAGGUCCCAGUGA